AUGGCCACCUUGUUACCAGCAGUAGUCAUAGACAAUGGCUCCAGCUCCACGCGUGCAGGCCUAGCUCUGGAAGAGUUGCCCUCGCUUGUGUAUUCGUCCAACUACAUUGUGGAUAAGAAUGGAAAAGUGGUUGUUGGAGAUUCAGAGAUCGCUAAAAACUCGGAAAGCGAGGUGAUGACGCUAGUGGAAGACGGCGUUAUUUACAACACAGACAACAUCAUCCAUAAUUGGAACUAUGCGUACGAUAACUUGGACGGUGGGAACGGAUUGGUGGCUUCAGAUCAUCCCUUGAUGAUUACCGAGCCUGUGUGGAAUUCCAAUAAGACAAGAGGCGAGUUGGCGCAAAUUGCGUUUGAGCAGUUGCAGGUGCCCAUUUUCUCGAUUGUGAAGAGUCCCUUGGCCCAGCUCUAUUACAUGGGACGUUCGAGCGGUGUAGUUGUAGAUGUGGGAGGCUCUGUUACCUCCGUGACUCCAAUAUUGGACGGCAUCAUCCAGCAAAAGUCGAGUUUCCACACCAAAUACGCUGGUGACUUCUUGUCGCUUCACACGUUGCGUAGUCUAGAGGCCAAAAUGGGCUAUCAGCCGCUUCAACUCGACUACGCGCGGUUGUUGCCAAAGAAGCUCGGCAUUUGCGAGAGCUCAGACUCUUUCAAGCUGUACUACGUCAACUCCAAUGUUUUGCUUCAUUUUAAACAGACUAUGCUCUAUGUGAACGAACCUCAACACGGUACUAGCGGCGCAUACUACGCUCACCACCAACACCAACACCCUGCUCUGUAUCAGUUACCAGAUGCAACUCACGUCGCCUACACUGCGCUGGAGCUCAACCCGCUCUCAGAACCCAUCUUUGUUCCUCACAUGUAUAAGUUGCCCGGCAUCAAUAUUCCCGAGCCCUCCGUUGAAAAGGCUGGCACGCAUGGUCUUUCUAACCUUGUUCUUUUCGCUCUCAAGAACCUCGAGGCAACUUUCAUGUCCUCUGUCACGAACGAGAGCCAGAGCGCCACAGCAAACAACAGAUUUAAUGAGAUAUUGCGUCUGAUCUUUAGCAACUUCUUGAUCACAGGCGGAGGCUCCAUGGUUCCCGGAUUAAGUGAAAGACUUUGCGGCGAGCUCACGAGGCUCGCGCCGCUGGUGUUCCCCAAGUAUCCUACCACCGCUUCCUACAAAUUGAAUAUAAACGUUUUGAAGAACGCCAUAUCAGGUGAAUUCAACGAUUCGUUGGAUAGAAAAUUUGGUUCUUGGCUCGGUGCAGCCAACUUGGCUUCUAUGUUGAAAGCCUCUCCUCUCGAUGAUUCAGGAGCUAGUAAUGUUGCGCUUGACAACUGGUUUGUGUCGAAGGCUAACUACGAAGAGCUCGGUCAAGACUACAUUGUCGAACGGUUCAAGUAA